CAAAGGCUUGAUUUCGGAAGAAAUACUGCCAACAUGAAAACAAGAUCUUCAAAGGGUUAAAAUGGGUUUUAAAAAAUGGGAUUUUUAAUGGAUAUCAGAUGGAAGAGAUUCAAGUAUUACCAGUAGUGAUAAUAGUGUUUAUAAUUCAACUUUCUGAUGCUGAAAUUUUAAAUAACGGAGCUAUCGGUUGUUCACUGGUUGAAAAUCUGUGCCGAUACGAUGAAUUCUGUAACGAAGGUGAACGUUAUCCAUACGGAAAGUGCAAAAAAUUAAAUUUCCGGAAAACGUCAGGACAUAUUACUAGCAAACGAAAUGAGCACCACAGAAAUGGCGCAGGUCAGAAUGGAAAUGCUGACCAAAAUGAUUGGCUUGAUAAUACAAAAUAUGACAUGACGUACUUCAGGGGCGAUGGUUCCGCUAGGAUAAUUUCUUCCAGUGAACGUGCAAAAGAAAUUUUUAGGGACGAUUUUUUGCGCAACAAUGACAAGGAGAUGCGUGAAAAUAGCGCAAGUCUCAGUGAUACCCCAAACGGCUUGUUCGAAAAUGGCAAAUAUGAUAUGACUCACUUUUCUGAGAGCGAUGUUGAUGCUUUGUCACACGAGUAUAGAUCCAGCAAAGUUAAUAGAGAUAAAAAUAAAGAAAGUUUAUCUAGGAAUUUAGAUUGGCGUGGUGGAGAAUUAGAAGAAGAUCGACCUAAUGAAGAUAUUAUACACAACCUUGAGAAAAAGAUAACAGCUGAAUAUGGCGAUGGUACAGGCGGUGUUUGGCCUCCGAUUGCAAUUCCUUUAAAAAUACCAGAUAACGAGCAACGGGAAGUCAAACACCGCAAACAAACCAGAAAUCUACAACCGAUUGAGACACGAGAUUCGAAAUCUAGCAAUGAGGAGAGAGAUAUGAAGAGAAAUACUCACUCAAAAAACGACGAGUCUCUGGAUUUGGACAUCGAGAUGAAACCUUUAACAGAAUCGGACAGCAAGUAUUUUGACGAGAAUAAGUCAAAACUUAGCUCUAUACCAAAAACCCCAAGCAAAGAGUCCACCCAAAAAAUCGAACACGUUCAAACAAAUAUUGUUAGCGAGUCAGCUUCAAAGAAAACGAAAGUUGGUGUUCUUGUCGGUGGAAAACUGGACCAAACCAAAGCGGAAAUUGUUCAGAAUAACAGCGAAGAUCCAACAUAUGAUAAAGUCAAAGACUUCUUCAAAAGUCAACAAGUCAGUUCAAUCGUUGAUGCACCGUCGGCUGAGAAGAAAGGUGUGAAGUUGUACAACAUUCCUCAUGGUAAAGAAACUCAAGAAAACGUUAAACGAAGUUCUAUACCUCAGCCUGUUGUUCAUCCUGACCGUAUAAGAUUGGAUCUAAAAGAGAGAUUGAACCCAGACAAAGCCAGUGAUUUGUUGGGUGCUCUUCAAGAUUUGCUUUGGGGCGAUGAGGACGGUCGUCAGGACGUGUUUACUUCAGUAGCAACGGAUGAGAAAACAGUUUUAUUUCAUUUGCUUAAUAACACAACAAGCAACGGAGUAAAACCAGCUCAUGUUGUGCAGAGGAUUAAUAAAGAUAAAUCAGUGAAAGACGGUCUCAAGAAAGCUGUUGGUGUCACUGUUUUAGCUGCGUCACUUGAUUCCAAGGGAGGUGAAAAGACAAAGAAAGACGACGAUAACGACGAUCAUAAAUUCAUGGUGACUACUCUAAUUGUAGCUGGAUGUGUCUCUGGCAUUUUGCUUGCUUCAGUGUGCAUAUUCAUCAUUCUGAGAAGAACAAGCAAAGAUUACCCAAGAUGGGUUCCAAAACAACCUGGUUAUGAAGCAGCUUCAGACUAUCAGAGCCUUUGGCGCCAGUUGAAACAAGCGACCUGGGAGUCACCCAUCCAGACUACUUCAGUAGCUCAUUCCGAUGAUGGAGCUCAGAAAGACACACCUGCUAACAAGGGAGUUCCGCCAAAAUAUUCCUGGAGCGAAGAACCUGUCGAUACAAAGAUGGAUAUCUCAACAGGACAUGUUGUAUUGGCGUACAUGGAAGAUCAUUUGAAGAACGAGAAUAGGCUUUCUAAAGAGUGGGAGGAUUUGAGUGUCUACGAGGCUGAACCUGACAGCACUGAUGUUGGUAAAGAUCCAAAAAAUAGCAAGAAAAACAGAUACAGUGAUGUAUUGCCGUAUGAUCACAAUAGAGUGAAACUUCGAGAUACAUCAAAUGCCACUGGAUCAGAUUACAUCAACGCUAGCUAUAUAAUCGACGAUGAUCCUCGUAAUCCAGCUUACAUUGCUACGCAAGGUCCUUUGGCAAGUACUGUGGCAGAUUUCUGGCAGAUGGUUUGGGAACAAGGUGUUGUGAUUAUUGUGAUGUUAACGAAGUUGGCAGAUCUGGGACUGCCGCAAUGCCAUAGAUACUGGCCACAGAAAGGACCCGAGGUGUAUCAUAUAUAUCAAGUUCAUUUGAUAUCAGAACACAUCUGGUGUAGCGAUUAUCUAGUUAGAAGUUUUUAUCUAAAAAAUGUCCAGACUGAUGAGACAAGGACUGUUACACAGUUUCAUUACUUAACGUGGCCGCAUCUUGGUAUUCCAUUCUCGUCAAAACCACUUUUAGAUUUCAGAAGGAAAGUUCUAAAGUGUUUCCGAAGCCAAUCAUGUCCAGUGGUUGUUCACUGUAGUGGUGGUAUCGACCGAACUGGCACAUACAUUCUUAUCGAUAUGGUUCUUAGUAAGAUGUCAAGAGGAACAAAAGAAAUUGAUAUUGCCGCAACUUUGGAACAUUUACGAGAUCAAAGACCUCAGAUGGUUAAAACUAAGUCCCAAUUUGAGUUUGCCUUGGCCUCAGUCGCUGAAGAAGUAAAUGCAAUUCUUCAGGUCCUGACGAAACACUAAAUGCAAACGAACAGAGCGUUGGCAAAUCAUAACAAUGUUGUUGUUGGUGUUUAAACUCAAAAAAGGUGUCAUUUCACAGUCUGCUUGCAGUAUAUAUAAUGUACAUGCAUGCAUGCAAUAAUGUCUAAUGUUUGAGUAUAUGUUAAAUGAUAUCUGGUUUCCAAAUGCAUCAAAGAGUCUGUUUCGAAAGAGGAGCUGUAUAUUCAUUAACAUGUACCUGUGUUAAUAAUUUCAAGCCUUGCAUCGCUUGUUGAUUCUGUUUAAAAUAACGUAGCUAUACUAUAUAUCAGAAAGUAUUCAUGUAUACUGCAUGGUAUUUUCAAAGGACCUAUAGAAAUGUUUGGAAAUCAGGUAACCAAUGAACUUUUAGUGUAUUUUAGCACUCACCAACUGCGCACAAGUCGUUCCUCCAAGAAGCCAUUGAUUGACUUAUUGAAUUUUAAACUAUUAGGUCAGUGUUCCUUGUAUUUCACUAGAAUUACAUUCCAUUACGAUUGCAAUGUCAGUGCAUUUAUGGCAGGUAGCCUUCCCUCAUGCACCCCCGACCCCUCAACCGGACCAAAAAGCGAUGCUGCAUGUGUGAUGUGAUCAUGCGAGGGGAAAUCCAGCCCAUGCUGUGAUUUUCAACGCCCACAUUUAUGCAAAACUUUAGUGAAAAUGAAACAUGAUCGAGUCGAAUUAACUCAAUUGUAACUAUUUAAUAAUUGUAAAUAUGAAUGAUACUACUAUAUCCUGGAUAUACAAUUGUAAAAUUCUGUGAUGAAAAGUUAUAUAAAACUACUGCA